CGUUCGCCUUCCGCGCCAGAAACGGUGUCCAGGCGGGCGCGCAGCACGCAGUCGGAGCCCGGCUCGGCGGAGGCGGAGGCGGCGCGAGGUCCCUGCGCUCCGAGGUCUCCCGCGCUCCGAGGUCUUCGCUUCCACCAUGAGGCUAAGAAGUGCUGGCCUGCUCCUCCUGCUGCUCAGCGGCCUGCAAGCCGAUAGUCAAGGAAAAGAAGUCAGAGCGAUGGUGGGCAGCGACGUUGAGCUCAGCUGCAUUUACACCAAAGAAACGAGUUUAGAUUUAAAUGAACUUUAUGUUUAUUGGCAAAUCACUGAUGCUAGCGGCAAGCCAGAACCUGUGACUUACUCCCUGGCCGGGAACAGCUCCACCGGCCAUGACAACAACCGGUACAAGGACCGGGCCCAGAUGUCACUGGACAGCAUGAAGCAGGGCAACUUCUCUCUGCGUCUGUACAACAUCACCCCGCAAGACGAGCAGAAGUAUGACUGCCUGGUGUUUAGGAAGAUGACAGAGCGAAUUUUGAAUGUUACGGUCACGUUGCACGUGGCAGCAAACUACAGCAUGCCCGUGGUCAGCGCCCCCACGGCCGCCCCCCAGGACGAGGAGCUCACCUUCACGUGCACGUCCAAGGAUGGCUACCCCCGGCCAAACGUGUACUGGAUCAACAAGACGGACAACAGCCUGCUGGACGAGGCCCUGCAGAACAGCACCGUCUCUCUGAACGCACAGGGCUUGUACGACGUGGUCAGCGUCCUGAGGAUCCGGCGCACCCCCCACGUGAACGUCGGCUGCUGCAUUGAGAAUGUGCUGCUGCACCAGAACCUGACUGUCAGCAGCCAGAAAGGGAGCGAACCAACCCCGGGAACCACAGUCGGCAACACAGACAUCCCAGGCGACGCUGAGGCGGGGAGGUCCAGGACCGUGGUGGCCGCCAUCGCGCUGCUGCUGAUGGUGGUCGUUGGGGUGGCUGCAGGCUGGUGGUGCAGGAGCCGGUGUCCUGGCCGCCGGGGCUACUACACAGGUGCCCAGGCUGCGAGGCCAGAGCAGGGGUUCGCAGUCCUUCACGUUUGACAAGAACUCACCACCCAGGACGGACCAGGCUCCCGAGAGACGCCACCCGGAGGGACCGCAGAAGGCUGCUGGGGAACUGCCUCCGGCAGGCCGGUGGCCAAGGGCAGCUCAGCCUGCGCCCUUAGCAAGGAGCUUCAUGGACAGGAAGCCUCUCUGGCCUGGGGUCCCUUCCCCUGGAAAGACCGCACUUAACCCCAGGGGAGCGGGCGCCCCAGCUUCACUGCCAAACACAGCAGAAAGGGACCCCGAGACGCUCCUUCCCGCCUCCAGCCCUUCUCCGGCUCCCGACGCACGCUGUGGGGCGAGGGGUCUGAGCGACAGGAGGACAGGCCCCGUGUGGACGGAGGAGGGACGGCGCCCGCUCCCCCCCGGGGGCCUGCAGGGUGAGGUGCGGAGGGUGUUUGCGGGCCCCGUGGUUGCCUGUGCACGUGUGCGCGUCCCGCCUGCAGGGAACGGUCAACACGGAGACCCCGGCGUUCGCUUUCCUCUGGGACCCUCCCCGGGGAGCCGCAGCCUCGGGCGUUUGGGUGAAAAGCUUGCUUCCCUCCUGCAAAAGCACAGCCGAGUCCACGCGAAGAAGGUUGCUGCAGGCGCCCACGUGCCGGGCCCCGCGGCAGGAGGCCGUGCCCUGGAGGGACUGAGGACGGCACGGCCCGCGGACACGGCGUGUGGCCGCCAGUCCUUGAGGGGGCGGCGGCAUGGAGAGGCUCUCCGCUCGGCAGCCUUCAGAACAGGGAUUUCCUCCGAGUGUGGUCUGGGCAGCUCCCUGCACUGCUGCCACGGCCUCUCGCCCGGCCGCCCCUGAGGACCUGCAGGGGGUGAUGGAGACCCCGACUCAAACACCGGUUCCUCGAAGCCCACGGCCCCCCGGGGAUGCGAGUGGGCAGCGUCCUGGCCUCCCCGGGCAGUGCCCACGUCUGCUGUGGCCUGGAAUGAAUCUUGCAGUUUGAUGUCUCCAGGACGUUCUGCGAAGGAGGCUGCCAGGUGACCCAGGUGUGCACCCCCCCGAAGAUGGGGCCUGAGGUCCGCCAUGGCCUUCAGCAUGAACGCGCCCCAGACUCAGACUUGGGGCAGCAGUGAGGACCGGGCUCCGGGGUGAAGCCGCGUCCCACGCUUGUCACAAGAAGUCCUUGGUGUGUCCUUGUGGCAAAAAGCCCUCGUGUGGCUUUUACGUGAGGGCGACAAGGGCCCACCAGACUUUUCACAUGGAAGCAUUAGAAGACACGUGUCAUCCCUGAAACAGUGACAGAAGGGCCACUAACUGGCAUCUGGAGCAAAGCACUGGGUGUGACGCCCACCCUCCGUCCCAGGCCCUGGGGGCCCGGGAGGUGCUGGGGCCGGUGUCCCCCGCGGAUGGGGCAGCUGCGAAGAGAAGCUGGUGUCCUUCUCGGAGGCGGUGGCAGGGGGGCCUCCCUCAGGCUUCUCCCAGCACGUGCGGACCUGGGCCUGGGCUCCCUGCCGAUUCCUCAUCUCGCCGCUGGUCCCGAUAACCCUCAGCCACAGCCCGGCAGCCCCCUGCCCCGCCCCGGCCCAGGGAAGGCGACUGGCCUUGGGACCCAGCGCACUUCCGAGUCCUCCAGGCUUGCACUGUACCCCCCACCCCCACUGCCAUUUGCUGCCUGUGCUGUAGACCCACUGAGUCCCGUGCUCGACACCUGUUCCCACAAACCCAGUUGGAGAGAAAGAAGAGAAGCUGUGCCGGGGCUUAGUCAGCUCAGCUCCUCCUCACAGCUCAUCGGCUCUCGCUCUGGGGGUUCCUGCCCCCCCCCCCCCCAGGGGACGCUGGGCAAGGUCUGGAGACAUUUUAGUUGUCUCGCGGGGGGAUUGCUACUGGCCUCAGGUGUGGAAGGCAGGGGCGCUGUUUCAAGUCCAAAAACACACAGACGGCCCAUCGCAGAGCAGUGUCCCCCCUGAAGGCCGGUGCAAGGGUGAGUCCCUGCCCUCCGGGGCCACUUUCCCGUCCACACUGGGGCUCGGAGGAGGCGUAUGGUUAGCAGGGUUAGGCCUGGAGGGUCCAGGUCAGGGCUGUCAGCCUCCCCCCGAGUCCCAGUCGACACCGGGCCCUCUGCCGCAUCCUGACCAGGGCGGCCUCCCCUUGGUCUCCAAUAUCCCAGAUCCCCAGCGGUGAGUCUCCUUGGGGAUGGCUAAUGCUUUCCUCGAAUCCAUACUGGUCCUGCUCAAUCAGGGAGAAGUGCCAAGCGGGGACUUCUGUGAGGGGAGGGUGGGGCAGGCAGCUCCCCACUGUGCAGGGCCCACCCGGGGUCGAGGAUCCAGUGGUUUUUAAUUAAAUGCAAAUGGAGUAAGUGCUCCCAUCAGAAGACAGGCUGUGGCUGAACGGAUAAUAAAACAAUCUCCUUACAUAUUCUGUCUAUCAGAGACUCACUUCAGAUCAAAAGACACACUCAGACUAAAAGUACAAGGAUGGGAAAAGAUAGAAAAGUAAAAACAAAAAAGCUGGUAGCCAUCCUCAUGCUGGACAAAACAGACUUUAAAACAAAGGCUAUAACAGGAGACAAAGUCCCAGCAAUUCCACUUCUGGGUAUUUAUCCAAAAAGCCCAAAGCCUAAAUAAAAAGACAUGUACAACCAUA